GGUAAACAACAUGGCGGCGAUGGUAUGAUGGGGAGCAAGUUUAGGCUUUUUUGUUUUUUCUUUUUAAAUCCAGGGAUUUUUUUGUUUGUUUUUAAUUGAGACUUUAUACUGAAGUGUGUUCUAUAAGAGGAUAUAAAGCUACUGAAGCGAAGACUAUUUAAGAGACAAAGGACUUUAGCUGUUAGCACUUGGCUAACCGCAAGCAGGAGAGUUUGUGAAAAGCAGAGAUUGGAAAGCGGAUGAUGGAAAGACGAGGAUUUAUUGAUGUGAUGGUUAUUAGUUUGUGAAUUGAAAUGAACGUAAUUAAUUUGCUCAUUAUGACUUGUUGGGUUAGGUUCAGGUUUUCAGGAGGUAAAGGGAGGAUGCUACAGGUUUGAGUCCUGCCAUGGAGCAGUGAGGUCUGGGCUGCAGGCUGAUGAGAGGAGAUGCAGCGUCAAAUGUCGGAGUGGAAACGCGUUUUCGAUGAAAACCGAGUGAUUCCUCCUUCUAACCAAACAUCCCGGUUAGCACAGGGCCCGAGCCAGGCGUUCCAACUCAUACUCAAACGACUGGACGGCCUUCACUUAAACCAGGCCGAGGACGUGAGAUCAGACAGGUUUGAGCUGCGCGUCUCUCUGUUUGACAACAGUGUUCAUCGUUUCUUCGGAAGGACAUGGAUAAGUGAACCACAUCAUGCCACUAAGCGAAAUCAGGAACAACCCGGCAAAGUGCAUUUUAAUGAGGUUGUAUACUUUCACACAUCUCUGUGUUUGGCCUCAGUGGUGGCUGUUGUGGAACUGGCUUCUCUCUCUCCUGGGACAGACACUUCCCAGAAUGCCAUGGGGCAGGGCUUUGGUAUCCUGCAGCUCUUCUCUGGACAACCACAGGGAGAGGGCAGGCUGAGUCUGUUCCAUGGUACCCCUCGAGCUCUGCUACACCCAGCACUGAGGGACCCACUGCAGAGGAAUGCAGUGUUGUCCACAAUUGAGGGAUCUCAGCUGCUGUAUUCUCUCCAGCCACACCCUGCCCUCAAUCCCAUCAUGCACCUACUCCCACCCAAUAUCAUGGUCUCUGGCCACAAGCUCAUCCCUGGAGUCCUUCCUCCAACUGACAGCACAGGAGAUGCUCUGCAGAGACCUCAGCUGCUGCCAGCAUUCUCAUGUGCACUGGAGAGGGUGUGUGUGUCCCUCGCUCCCUCCAUACAGGCCUUCGAGGCAGAGUUGCUGGAGAAGCUGAACAAUGACCGCAACAACACGAGAAUGGGUGCGGACGUGCGGGCAGUGGUGGUGCAGGAGCGAAGGCUGCACGUUGGUGUCCAUAACGGCCUGGGCUGGGUGGAUGGGCCUCAGGUGAUGGUGCUAGAGCCCAGGGCUGUGAGAAGCAGUGGCCUUAAACAGAGUUCUACAGAGACGCACAGCUCCGUCCUGAUGCUGCGUGGUAAUGUGGAGCUGAGAAUGAUAAGACACCCAGCCUUCAGCUUGCUCUUCCAGCUGGAGUACGUCUUCACCGUUCCCCUUGCUGGAGAUGGGAAGAUGUCCUCCAUGGCUGUCCAGAGGGUGGUGUUUAUGCAGUGUGUGCGCUGGGGGGUAUGGAGUCCUUUCUCCGAUCCCGAUGGCCCAUAUGAAUGUGUGUGUGUUAACCUGCAGGGUGGAGCCCAACCCAACCCCUAUGGAGUUAUGGUUUACACAGCACACACUCAGCAGACUGAUACGGAAGGGAGUGCGAUCAAAUUCAAGUUUAUGAUCAACACCGAAGGCACCACUUCUGCUGCAACGUCAAAAUCAAUCUCCCAGGAAACACCUCAGCCUAAGAAGCGGCACGUCACAUCCCAAGAUGAAAGCAAGCUUGGACUUGCAGCUUCACCACUGCGCACCACCCGUGGUCCUGGACUCUCGCUUUCUCAGCUGGCUGUGGCUUCACACUCUCCAACUCUGAGCCACUCGGCAGGGUCGCCAUGGCAACAGCAGCUUCCCGCUCCGCUCGCUCUCUCCCCGAUGGCGUCGGCCACCAGCUGCCACGCCUUAGCACAUCUAGUGCAUCCUGUUGCAGGCAUAGCACACCUAGAAGUCAGUGCGAUGGAGAGAGAGGGAAUGAGGGAUGCCCCAGAGGAAGAGUGUGAUCUACGCGAACUGACCUUCACCCCUGUCCAUGCUCCUGUCAUCACGCUGGGAACACACACAACUGGCUCCAGCAGGACGAGUUCUCGAGGAUUUCUCGCUCAUCUCUUCUCCUCCCGCUUCCCUGAAAUCCGUGAUGACCUCAACCAAGUGGCCGAGCUUCUUGACCCGGAUGAGCCUGUGAACUUUGAUCCCUACAGAGAAGAGGCAGACCCAUACCAGGCCAACACACUCCUCAUUCAGUUUCUGGCUUUUACCAGGGUCCAGCAGGCAAGUGUGAAUAUGGAAUGGCCGAGUACGGUGCAUUUUACCUUCCAACUGUACCGUUUCCCUCCUGUCACCACACAGCGCCUCAAGCUUGUGGCAUCUGAGGCCAGUUCAAGGCCUGAUUACCCCUGCAUUCUGUCUAUUACUAACAAGGAUGGCAGCGUUGGAUCAGGUCCUCCUGGACUGCAGUUGCAGUACCGUGUCGAUCCUGACUUCCUAAAGCCUGGCGAGCGUAUAUGGUUCCUGCGCUACCUGGCACUGCACACCCUGCACAUAGACGUGUGGGACAGCGACUCGCUGCUGCUCAUCGGCUCUGCCGCCGUUCAGCUGAAGCAUCUGUUGCGUCAGGGUCGAGCCGCUGUGCAGGUUGUUCAUGAGCUGGAGGUCAUUAGCACUGAGUACCUUCAGGAUGCCAGUCUGGCAAGAGAGCAUGCAGGUGGGCAGAGGGUCAUGCCUGCGAUGAGUGUCUACACCGUUAUUAAAGGCAGGCUGCAUAUCCGACUCGGCAACAUCGGUGGUGUGGUGCAGAAAAAAACCAACUCGUCUGUUCUUCUCCCUCCAUCUCGCUCUCAUGUCAUUCAGCCCAGUCAAACUCCCACAGGCUUUCAAGGAGGCAGUCUGUCCUCACACACCAUCCACAACCUCAACGCGCGGAACACAAGGCGGGCCCAGCGUUUGCCAGAUAUUGAUGGCGAGCUGGCGAGUCUCCUGCAGAGUCGGAUGAAAGAAGUUGAUGGUGCCUGGCUGCAGAAUCGAGGUGAAACAGAGGAAGUGCGUCAGAGGAAGAGUGACAGGAUGGCAGCUGUCCGUCAACAUGAAGAAAACACCACAUCCAACGUACACGAGAAAGCCAGCUAUACGAGAAGAAAGGAGGAUCGGACACAGCGCUCUCAGGACCUGCGUUUGAUCGAGGCAUAUCGAGAGCGCUGCAAAGUGCAGGGCAUCAUUAACAUGCUGAGCCAAGCUAUCACCACCACGUAUACAAUCUAUGCUACGCCUGGUACCGCCGAGUUCUUCGAAUUUGUGCUUAAGAACCCUUUCAGCAUUCCGCAGACGGUCACCAUUGAGUGUGAAGACCCUGAGCUGAGUGUUAUAGUGAACGCUGAGGAAUGGAGGUAUUUUAAAGACUUGACAAAGACGUGCACUCCGUUGGAGGUGGAAAUGUUUCACAUGAAGGAGGACAGCUUGACACCUCAGGUGUACUUGCGGCCCAGAGAGAGUGUCCACAUCCCUCUGAAGUACCAAAGUUUUGUCUCUGGGCAUAUCCUGCUUUCUCAGGACUCAAAGUCUUCAAACAGUUUGCAUUUUGCUCACCACCAGCAGUCUAACACAGUGAUGGCUAAAUCUAUCAAGGUGUUUUUCCGAGCAGCGGACAGUCAGCCGCUGGCCAUCUGCCAAGUGAGAGUGGAGCCGACUCCCCACAUAGUCGGGCAGACCUUUCGCUUCUAUCAGCCCGAGCUCUCCUUCUUUAAGAAAGCCAUCCGGCUGCCUCCUGCUGAACCCGGCACACCAGAUGCUUCUUCCAGGCUCCAGGUGCGCUGCAGCGACCCCAAUGUGAUCUGCCACGUCAACGCUACGGCUCCAGGAGAACCUCAGGACAUUUAUUUGAAAGUGCCAGGGGCUCCCAGUCCACAGAUUAAAACAUUUGUCAUCACUGUAUUCAAUGAUCCUUGGCUGGCGUCUCCUACUCAAACAUGGCAGGUGUACAUGCAUUACCUGCAGAAAAUGGACAUUAGCUGUGUGUGUGGUUCGCUCAGCUGGCACUCCAUGGUACUGCAUGGCACACAGAGCAUCCGUAAGGUCAAGUGCUACACUUCCCACCCUCUGGAGCUGCAGGUGGACCCAGAGGAAGUGUUUGCUCUCCCAGCUCUGGCUGUGCAGGACAUUAGGCUGGGAGUGAAGGCUGUGCACUCUGGGAGCUACUUCCGCUACCUUAAUGUGGUGGAUGUGGACACGAGGCAGCUGGUAGCAUCCUGGCUUCUGUGCCUCACCUGCAGGCUUCCUGUUAUAUCACGGGCCUUUGAGAUCCAAGUGCCUGUAGGGGGUGGAAGAGGCAGCAAUAAGAAGAUCAGCUUCACCAAUCCCUAUCCUUCCAAAAGAAGAUUCAGGCUGUGCUCAGACCAUCCAGACCUCCUACAGUUCAAAGAGGAAAAGUUUCAGAUUGAGGGAGGUGCGAGCUACAACAUCGGGCUACGUUUUGCUCCCAGUCAGAGCGCCGGUACAGAGGAGAUCCUUGUCUUCAUCAAUGACCUCGAGGAUAAGAACGAGGAGACGUACUGUGUCAAAGUUGUCUACAGAUAACCUGAACAAACUGGCACAUGAAGCUGUGCUGCGUCAACAUUAUCAUCAUCAACAUAACUUCUGUGAACUGAUAAUCUGUUUUGUAAUGAAAAUUCUUCAGUUUUGAUAGAACUGUGAUAGAGAUUUCCUCAAGGCACAUCAGGUACAUCUGAUCUUCAACCCAGCUGUAUGUAUGCAUUAAUUUUCCACACACAGAAACAGACAAAAGUCUGUUUAUUAUUUUUUUUAAGACAAAUGCAUAUGGAUGACACCUUUAAGAUUUGUGCGUACACAAAGAGAUGGAAUAGAAAUCCUCAGCAUAUAUAACCUAAAUAAACAUUGAAAUCUGGAACUGAA